UUGAAGCCUAGGGUUUGCAUCACCGUCGAAAAACGCGGAUUGGGUGGCCUCCACCUUGACCCACCGCUUCGGCCUCAGCACCGUGCUUACUUGAGAUGCUUUCCCCGCCACUUCUUCGAGGGUCACCGCAUCUCGUUGGAGUUGAAGGGCCCGGUCAUCGAAAGUUGUCUUCUAUUUCAGAUAUUGUUUCACAACAUAAUCAUUUGAGUGCAAGGGAGCCUCUAGCUAUGCUAUCAAAAUCCCUGGGCUCAAGAUGGCCAUCAAGUGUUCGAGUCUCGAAUGAGCUAGGAGUUGGGAAUCUAAAAGCUGCGAAGUUCUCAGUGUUUGUUGUCAAAGUCAUAUCACUGAACAUACAGACUACUUUUGUGAUUAUAAUCUUAGUAACAAAAGAGGAUUUUCCUGAACUUUUCACGGAGAACGAAUUUGUUAGGGAGAGAAUGAGCAAAGUUGCUUACUACCUUUGUGAUUCAAUUUUUUUCUUGGAAGCAUACAACCUGUUCUAUCAUGUGUUUAUAAUCUCUACUUCCCUUCUCCACUGUUAGUUGAAUUGGAUUAAGGAGAGAAUGAAUUGGAUUGCUCCCCUUUUUUAUUUUAUUAUUAAUUUUUUUUAU